UCAGUUUGAUCCGAUUCAGAAUUUAGAACUAUCAAUCUCAGCUGAAGUUACUUCGAGUCAAUCUCAAAUCAAUUUAAGCAGAUUCAUGUAUGGAUGGAUACAUACUCCAAAAUUUUAGCUCUGACUCGAUCCAAUCUCGUUCGACCCAAAAGCUAAACUGAAUGGGCGACUCCAUUGCUGCAACCUCUUCACCACCAUGAUCUCCUCCAAAUUUCCGGCGAUAAAAUGGACGGCGCCGCCGUCGGCCUCCCACGUCCUACACCUAAUCCGCGCCGAGCGCGACGUCCAGAAAGCGUUACAGAUCUUCGAAUCCGCCUCCAGAGAGGACUCAUCCGGCUACCGACAUGAUCAUGCCACCUUCGCUCUCAUGGCCUCCCGCCUCGCCUCCUCCGGCCAUCCUCGCACCGCCGAAUCCCUCCUCUCCCGCGCCUUCUCGGAGCUCGGCAACCCUCCGGCGGAAUCCUCCUUCCUCCCCCUCAUCCGCUCCUACUCGCGCUCACACCAUCCCCUCGACUCCCUCCACCUCUUCCGCCGCAUGACCUCCGUCUUCCUCCUCCGUCCUUCUCACCGCUCCUACAACGCCACCCUCGCCGCCCUCGUUGCAAACAACCAGCUUUCCUCCGCGAAAACCCUCUUCAACGAGAUGAAGUCCGCCGGGAUCCCCUUCACCGUCACCUCCUUCAAUAUCCUCAUCAAAGCCCUCUGCUCCUCCUCCUCCUCCUCCUCCGGCGCCCUCGAGGCCGCCAUUCGCAUAUUCCAUCGAAUGCCUGGCCGCGGAUGCCCGCCGGACGCCUGCACUUACAACACCUUGAUCCAUGGGCUCUGCAAAAACGGCAGGGUGAACGAUGCACGGAACCUGUUCGACGAAAUGCCGCAACAUAAACUUUCCCCAACUGUCGUCACUUUCUCUUCCUUAAUCCACGGCUUGUGUAUCUCCGGCCAUCUCGAUCAUGCUCUCAAGCUGUUCGAAGAAAUGUCUGAUCAAGGAAUUAAGCCCAAUGUGGUAACCUACACAUCCCUGAUCGAUGGGCUCUGUAAAGGCGGCCGAUCAAUCGAUGCGAUGAAGCUUCUGGACCAGAUGGCGAGAAGGGGAUUCUCGCCGAAUAUCAUCACCUACACCGCUCUCAUCGGCGGCCUCCUCCACUCCAAAAAAUUGCAAGAAUCGCUCGAGGUUUUUGACGGGAUGAGGUUACGAGGAAGAAAGCCGGAUGCCGGACUGUAUGGGAAGAUCAUCAAUGCUUUAUGUGAUUCCCGCAGAUUUCAUGAGGCUUCCAAUUAUCUGGACGAGAUGGUUAUGAGUGGAAUUGUGCCCAAUAGAUUGACAUGGAGCCUUCAUGUGAGGAUUCACAACAUGGUGAUUCGAGGACUCUGCGGUGCAGGGGAGUUGAUUCGAGCUUUCAGGGUUUAUGUUUCGUCACGUAGACGGGGGAUUUCGAUUGAAGUGGAGACUUAUGGGGUUCUGGUGGAGCUGUGGUGCAGGAAAGGGGAGGUUGAGAAGGCGUUGGGGGUGGUGGAGGAGAUGGUGGUUGAUGGCUGCUUGCCUGAUAGCAGUGUGUGGUGGUCGGUUAUGGAGGUUUUGUGGGGUGGGAGACAGGUUGGGGAAGAAGAUGAGUUGGUGUGGGAAGAGCUGGUUUUUUGUGAUGGGGAUCAUGAAGUUUAUGAAGGUAAGGUGAGUUGAGUUGUGGUUUGUGUUAAGUUUAGGUAAAAAAAUAUUUUCAUGCGGACAUCCGAACGAAGUGAGGAGAACUAUAAAAAUAUUAUGUCUGGGUCACUAAAUGUUCAAACAAUUAUUGAAUGUCCAGACUAUGAUGUGGAUCACGCUACCCUACUUAGUCCAUACCACGGGAUGUCUGGAAGAUGGUGUGGAUCGCACCACGCCGCUUAGUCUAUACAAUUAAAUGUCUGGAUGAUGGUGUGAAUUGCACCACGCCUAGACGCAGAGAAUAAUGCGGAUUACUCCUUUCCAUUAUGCGCAUUAGCAUGGUCUAAUCCACACGGUUGCGCGCACAAAAUGUUUUAAGUUAGUUUAGGGUUGGAAAAAAUUGUGUUGAGAUGGGGUUUAAAAUGGUUGAAUUCCCUUUAGUUCGUGCCAUGGAUGAAGAAUUUGUGUUAUAUUCAUCUAAUCAGAGAUGCACUUAUCUUUAAGCGUUGUUUUUGUUAUUUUGAUGUUCAUGGGAAAUUAUAUGUUCAAGCAUUAAGAUUUUGAGGCAUUAACAUAUGCCAUCUAAUUCAUAUGUAUUUAUAGCUGUAACACCCAGGGUGGGAGCUAACCUCUUUUUUGAAG